AUGUUUCUACAUUUACUACUGAUAGCACUCUUGACCCUACUCACCCAUGCUAAACUGGAAGAGAAACGAGUGACACCAACCUCCACCAUCCCUUCCAAGAGUUCCAUCUUGAUGAGUGCAGGGAAUUUUGAUCUGGAAGAUAAGAGAGCAGCACCAACCACUACACCAUACGUUCCCGUCAUGGUGAGUGCGGUAGGAGGAGUUACAGUCAAUGCUUUUCGGACUGAUGCCGGAUGGGGAGGAAAGGGACCUCUGGAUUGGAUAUUGAGUUUUUCAAACAAUUAUACGACCGAACAAUUUUGGGUGACUGCUACUUCUGCAAAAGGGACAACAAGUUAUACUUGUGGUUUAUCAGUUCCCGGACCAUUCGCUAGCGAACCCGCCCAUAUGGCCGCCGUAAACUUACAAACUUCUUCACCGUUAAAUCAGUUCUUCUUCCCAUUUACCUCAGUUGGUCCUUCUGGCGCUACACUCAGUUGUGGAACACCCGAUGCCGGUGGACCUCGUCUCGGACUCGCAACCACACCAGUCUUUAACCCACCUUUAUCUAUGGCGAUACUCGGUACAGCAGCACCAUAUAAUAAUAUCAGUCUUGAUCCAGGUUGGACAUAUCCUCUAGCUGUGGGAGAUGUUUUCGCAUCUGAGGCAUUGAUACAAUUUCAAGAUACAACUUAUACAUGUGGAACUUCAACUUUGACUUCUAAAAUGCCUGAUAUACAAUGUAGUUUCACAAUGGAAUCAAAAUUCUCAACGGGUGUAAAUUCCAUUUAUCAAUUACUUCCUUCUUCACCAUGGAUGACAGUUUUCUAUCAAACUUACCUACCUAUCCCUCCUCCUACCUCUUACGGUAAAGCGUCUUGUGGUCUGGUACCUACAGGAGGGACGAUACCUUUUCUUGGGAUCGUCGUCGGCAUCAGCGUCAGCGUCAGCGUCACAGUCUACCUCAACAUCUCUAUCGGCAUCAGCGUCAGCAUCACAGUCUGCCUCAGCGUUAUCGGCAUCAGCGUCAGCGUCACAGUCUGCCUCAACAUCCCUAUCGGCAUCAGCGUCAGCGUCACAGUCUGCAGCAGCAUCGUCAUCGGCAUCAGCGUCAGCGUCAGCAUCACAGUCUACCUCAACAUCUCUAUCGGCAUCAACGUCAGCGUCACAGUCUGCAGCAGCAUCGUCAUCGGCAUCAGCGUCAGCGUCAGCGUCAGCGUCACAGUCUACCUCAACAUCUCUAUCGGCAUCAGCGUCAACAUCACAGUCUGCAUCAACAUCCUUAUCAGCACCAGCGUCAGCGUCACAAUCCACCUCAACAUCUCGUUCAGCAUCGGCAUCCGUUUCAGCGUCACAAUCCGUUUCCUCCGUGAUCAGCACUUGCGCUUGUUUCACUGCAUGAGCUCAACUGCUUCAAGUUCGAUUUCAACCUCAGUUUCAAGCCUUAGCAUCGCCGGCACCACCUCGAUUCAAAGUUCUAGUGCAAGUUCAACCUCGAAUCCAAGUGCCAGCGUGAGCGCUACCGGAAGUCCCAAUACUACCACAACCGAAUUACCCAAUAUGAUGUUGGUCAUUUCUUCUCCUUUGAUUCAUAUCGAUGCGUUGAACGCUCUGAAUCCAUGGGGUGGAUGGGCACCGUUUUGGAGGAACUUUCCAUUUGGAAUGAAGACGAAUUAUUUGAAUGAAUCAUUCAAGUUGGAGGUGUAUGAUGAUGGAGCUGAGAAUGUGGUUAGUAGUGCCAAUUGCAUGAUCGGUAUCACGGCCGAUAUUGUCGGUUAUCCCACCCUGAGUCUUGGACCUACAUCGCCUUUCAUCCAAGGGCCAGCGACGACGGGUAAUGCUUACCUCCGAUGUUGA